AUGGCUGAACUCCUCCGCCACCACGAACACCACGAUCCUCGUAUCGGCGAGAUCCCCGUCCCCCACGGCCCUGAGACGGGUGACGAACACGAUGACUUCCCUCGCGAGCACACCACCGAACACGAGCGCCGCAUCUUCGCCCACAUCACCCGCCCAGAUGACUCGUACACGCCCGAGGGCGUCUACUGGGCCGAUUUGCCCCUCCGUCAGCGCAUCACUUUCGUGACCAAGGUCGAUCGCGAGGAGGCCGCCCGCGAGCUCAAAGCCACCGGCCAAAUGAUGAAGAAAGAUCCCCUCUCGCCCAUGGGCUGGUACUUCCGGAAUGCCAUCCUGCCCGGCGCCGGUCUCGGUCUUGAGGGUUACGUCCUGUUCUCCAUUGGAAACUUGGAGCCGCUCUUCCACGCCGUGUGGCCCGAGUGCUGGGGAUGCCCCGUGCCAACCCGCCAGGUUGGCCCUCGCGAAGCAGCGUGCCGGCGUUUUCCGUCACCGGCUACGACGUCAACCCCGCUGCGCGCCUGUUGCAGCAACUUUGGCGGCCGCCUUCUCGCUACCGCCGGUACCUGGUUCUGCAACGAUGUCUUCUUCUACGGCAACAAGCUCUUCCAGGGCCAGUUCAUCUCGGUCAUCUCCUCCAACCCCAACAGUCUGAUGGAGAAGUGGACUUGGAACCUCAUCAAUGUUGUCGUUUCCCUAGCGGGAUACUACCUCGCCAGUCUCCUCAUCGACAACAAGCUUUACGGCCGCAAGACGAUGCAGCAAGUCGGCUUCUUCAUGUGCUUCGUCAUGUUCGUUAUCCCUGCGUUCAACUACGACUACUACACCUCCCCCGCCGGCAUUCACGCCUUCCAGGCCAUGUACUUCCUCUCCUCCUUCUUCAACCAGUUCGGCCCCAACAGCGUCACAUUCCUUGUGGCCGGCGAAGUGUUCCCCACGCCCGUCCGCGCUUCGGCCCACGGCUUCUCCGCCUGCAUCGGCAAGGCCGGUGCUCUCCUCGCAAGUGUCCUGUACAAUUACAUCGACACGCCGACCAAGUUCCACGUUGUGCCCUGGUUCGGCCUCGCCGGCAUGCUGCUUACCUGGGGCUUCCUGCCCGACACGACGGGCCUCGACCUGCGCGAGCAGGAGAGGCGGUGGAUGUACAUUAUCCAGGGUCGCGAGAAGGAAUACCACGGCGUCGCCGUGCACCCUGUGCAUCUCUCUGCUUGGGAGAGAAUGCGCGGCGCCGGCAAGGAAUACAACCCCGACCUGGACCUCAAGUCGCAGAUCCGUGAUCUGAGGACCGAGUGGGAAGAGGAGCAGCGCGGCGGCAACGGCGAGAAGUCUGGAGGUGAAGAGGAGGCUGCCGGUGAAGGUGAUUGGUCGCCUGAGAUUCACGGGUACUUCCGUCAGGGACAGGGAAAGGGAAAGGCCGUAGAGGGUGAGGAAGGACGUGGCGUUGCUGAGACUCCCGGGAGUCCAGAGCUCCAGGAGAAGUCUGCUGCAGCUUGA